AACACCAAUCGUAUGGCGAGGUCAACCAACUCGGAGGAGUGUUCGUCAAUGGCAGACCACUGCCAAACGCCAUCCGACUACGGAUUGUUGAGCUGGCACAGCUGGGCGUGAGACCCUGCGACAUCAGCCGGCAACUGCGUGUGUCCCACGGGUGUGUCUCUAAAAUACUGGCCCGGUACAACGAAACCGGGUCCAUCUUACCUGGAGCUAUAGGCGGCUCAAAGCCUCGAGUAACUACACCCAAUGUUGUCAAACAUAUCAAAGUUUACAAAGAGAGAGAUCCUGGGAUUUUCGCCUGGGAGAUUCGCGAUAAACUGUUAGCUGAUGGAGUGUGCGACAAGUACAAUGUUCCAUCGGUCAGUUCCAUUAGUAGAAUCUUGAGAAACAAGAUCGGUCUUGGCCCUGGCGGGACGGGAUCUGGCAGUGGAGAGAGAGCUAGCCCAGUCCAAGGAUCGCAGUGUGAGAAGAUCUCUCCGCCACCAGGACAUCCGCAUCACCAUCCAGCAGUUGCUCACCCUCACCACGGCCAGACUCACCCUGGGUCGCUAUACAAUGCCCAGUUUUACCCUUACUCCUGCUCCGCUGCGACGCCAAUGCAUCCACCAAUGGGACCAUCUCAGAUGAUGGCACACAAUCCUCAUCAUCACCAAGGGGCAGUCGUACCUCCAGGCAUGGGCCUGCAGAUGCAAGCGGCCAUGGCUCCACAUCACAAGUCUCCCGCCGGAGGUUGCUCUUCCCCUUGCAUGAUGAGAGCUUGGCCGUCAUCUCAUUCCGUUCAUGACAUACUUGGAUUCCAUCGCUCGCCACACUCCAUGGGAGGCCAACACAUGACCAUGUCUCCAGACGGCAUGAUGACAAACGCAAUUACCUCCCAACCGUACAACAUGGGCAAUUAUUAUAUGAAGACCGCCAUGUCACCCAUGUAUCUACAAAGUUGA